AUGCGUUGUCUGAAGGCGGCCCUUAUUAAUCAAACUACUCAACCUGCCGGCGCCGCUAACGAUAUCGAUCCACCCAAUCUACCCCUCCCUUCAUCCAACCCUGCCUCGCGACCCCCGUCACCUCGGCCAUCGCCGCCUCUGAUCUCUAGCCAAUCGGACUGUUCGUCCGUCCUCCCUCCACCGCCUCUACCGCAGCACAAGGCUGCCUCGCGAUCAGCCGCUUCCUUGAUUGACUUACAACUGGGCAGCUCUAUCGUCCCACCUUCAUCGCCUCUACCGCAGCCCAAUACAACCUCGCGACCAAACACAGAUCCUAAAGCUAACACCACACCCCGCCGAUUGCAUACCUCCAAACCGUUUCCGUCCUCUGAUCAACUGGUAUCAGACAAAAUCGUUUGCGAUCAGGCCACGGCCAGAUUGUCGCUGUCGCCUCCCAUACUCUUGAAAAGCCCUCCAGUCCGAUCGCGCUCCUUAGAUAGUUUUCCAUCCUCCAAUCGCCCAGCGUCAGGCAAAGUCAAACGCAAUCAAACCAAGCUAGAAACAAAGCCAUCAACUGGGGGCCCUGAGUCCCUUUGCUCUACCACGGUGUCUUCCCCUCCUUCCAAGAAUCCCAACUCAAAUACGGACGAUGGUCUCGCUUUGUUGCUUUAUAAAGAUAACCUCACCUUCGCAUCGAUCUCACUCACCCAUCAUCUUUCCUCUGAACCAAAGAAGAACAGCGAAUCCAAGCCCUUCUCGGUCAUCAACCCUCAGUUCCCCCUGAAUACUAAUCUUACCACACCCACCUGUACUGAGACUACUUCCAACUGCCUCGCUGAUGAAUCUAAACACAGCGAGCAGAUCUACAGUGCUUUACCCCCUUUUUGCACAUCUACACCUCCACUUGUGCCAAUUCAAGAAAGCCUAGCACAAGUUAUCUCAUCCCCAAUCUCCCCAAUUGCCCCAGCCUGUCCUGCCAACCUUGAGAUAGCUGCAAUAGGAUCCCUAACUGUUGAGAAUGAUGACAGCAAUACUACGGAUGCCCAACUAGCCCCAGAAUAUUCACAAGCAACUCUAGAUUACUACAAUGACAUCCAAGAGUACCUCCAGCAGGCCAAUACAGAUGAGACUGAAACAAAGAAGAAAAAGAAAAAGAAGAAAAAGAAAAAGGCCAACCCGACUUCAACACCCGACAAUCCAAUAUUAUUUUAUGUAUGA